CAUCCCAGAAGACCAGCAACCGCUGCUUCUCUUCUUUAUUAUCUCUCGGCAGGAAGAACGGUUUAUUCUCUGUCAUGCAAUAAAAACCUUACCGGAAAAACGUGACUUUCUACCUCCUUCCCUGCUUCCCUCCUUCCCUCCUGCUCCGGUGACCGGAGAAUUGAGAGCUGUCAUUCAUAGAAGAAUCUACCUAAUACACUUGCAUCACAGUUCUAAAAACUCCAGCCUUGUUAGCAAAACUCCAUUUUUCUUCUGUCUUAUGACAAUUCACUUUGAAGCUCACCUUUCUGGUCAAAAUACAUGCUUUUGUUAAGGUUUUGAUUUCUUGUUCAUGGAUCUUGAGGGCGGGACUCACAUGAACAGCUUUAAGAGAGAAUCAUGGCGGACGGUUCUCACGCUCGCGUACCAGAGCCUCGGCGUGGUUUAUGGCGACCUGAGCACUUCGCCUCUUUACGUCUACAAGAGCACCUUCGCGGAAGAUAUUAAGCAUUCUGAGACCAACGAAGAGAUCUAUGGUGUUCUCUCCUUCGUUUUUUGGACUCUGACUCUCAUUCCUCUGCUUAAAUACGUCUUCAUAGUCCUCCGAGCUAACGACAAUGGCGAAGGAGGGACCUUUGCUCUCUACUCUCUUCUCUGCCGACACGCACGUGUUGGGUUUAUUCCGAAUGGGCAGCUCGCAGACGAGGAGUUGUCGGCCUACAAAAAGACUGACAGUUUGAGCCGCAGCGGAGAAGGUUCGAUUGUUGGAGAGGCCGGUUAUGGCGGCCGUUCGGAGAUGGCUCCGGCGAAAGUGAAGAGAUUGCUGGAGCAGCACCAGGUUCUUCAGCGACUUCUGCUGAUUCUUGCUCUGAUUGGGACUUGCAUGGUUAUUGGUGAUGGUGUGCUUACUCCUGCACUAUCUGUAUUCUCUGCCGUCUCUGGGCUGGAACUUUCCAUGGCUAAGGAGCAUCAUAAAUGUAAGCGAGAGGCAAUCAUGUCUCUGAUACAAUUCCUUCAUCAAUCACUGAGGACCUGUUACUUUAUGCAGAUUGCUUUUACCUUUGUUGUUUACCCAUCAUUGAUUCUAGCUUAUAUGGGACAAGCUGCAUAUCUAUCCCAACACCAUAUCAUCGAAACUAAUUAUCGAAUUGGAUUCUACGUAUCCGUUCCAGAGAAAUUAAGGUGGCCUGUUCUGGGUAUAGCCAUACUUGCUGCUGUGGUAGGAAGCCAAGCUGUUAUCACUGGUACCUUUUCAAUAAUUAAACAAUGUUCUGCUUUGGGAUGCUUUCCUAGAGUGAAGAUAAUACACACAUCGCCCAAAUUCAUUGGCCAAGUAUACAUCCCGGAUAUCAACUGGAUUUUGAUGAUAUUAUGUUUGGCCGUUACUAUCGGUUUCAGAGACACGAAGCGCAUGGGAAAUGCCUCGGGGCUGGCGAUAAUAACUGUCAUGCUCGUCACCACCUGCCUGAUGUCUCUAGUAAUUGUUCUCUGCUGGCGGCGGAGCAUUGCCUUUGCCUUAUGCUUCAUCUUCUUCUUCGGCUCGAUCGAGGCCCUUUACUUCUCCGCUUCCCUUAUUAAGUUUCUCGAGGGAGCUUGGGUGCCCAUCAUCCUCUCAUUUGUGUUUAUGAUCAUCAUGUACGUGUGGCACUAUGGUACCCUCAAGAAGUACGAGUUCGAUCUCCAGAACAAGGUCUCGAUCAAUUGGCUCCUUCGGCUUGGGUCCACUCUCGGGCUUACGCGUGUUCGAGGCAUCGGUCUUAUUCAUACCGAGCUAGUUUCUGGCAUUCCGGCUAUAUUCUCACACUUUGUCACCAACCUCCCCGCAUUCCAUGAGGUCGUCGUCUUCCUCUGCAUCAAAUCCGUGCCGGUCCCCCAUGUUCAACCAGAAGAGAGGUUCUUGGUCGGCCGGAUUGGCCCGAAAGAAUACCACAUCUACCGUUGCAUUGCUCGCUAUGGCUAUCAUGACAUCCACAAAGAUGACAUCGAGUUCGAAAAGGACCUUAUGUGCAGCAUAGCCAGCUUCAUCCAGUCCAGUACUUCGACUGAGCUCAACAGUCUCUUGGAAGAAGAAUCUUCCAAGGAGGAUGAGAAAAUGACGGUGGUCGGAACCGGACAUUGGCUUCAUGAGGUUCAGGAGAAGAGAGGGGUGGAUGAGAACGAGAACUCCGAUGAACCAUCAAAGCAUCGAGAAAUACAGUCGCCGAUGAUUGUGAGGAAGAAGGUGAGGUUUGUGCUGCCUGAGAGCCCGAAGAUGGACUCGACGGUGCGAGAUGAGCUUCGAGAUUUGAUGGAAGCGAGGGAGUCUGGCAUGGCCUUCAUCAUGGCAAACUCUUGCAUGAGGGCAAAGGGUGGUUCUAGUUUCAUGAAGAAGCUUGCUCUUAAUUUGUAUGAUUUCUUGAGGAGGAACUCUAGGGGGCCAUCUUAUGCUGUAAAUAUACCACAUGCUUCCACCCUUGAGGUUGGAAUGAGCUAUGUUGUAUGAAUAGCUGUUAAUUAGCGGCCAUGGUUUUUAAUCUUUUUUGUUUAUUGAUUUUUCUUACAUUUUUUGUGUAUAAUUAUCAGUUUU